AUGGAAUCACCAGCCCCACAAACUAACAAUGUCACAAGAGCAUUCAUCCCAGAGAAAACUGGAAAUAACCCUCCAGUAAAGCAAUCGUUCACAACUCAAUACCAAGCCGCCAUCAUGGGAGUAAAUACAGAGAUCUCGAAACCGGUUCUUAACGUUGAGGUAAUCAGUCCAAACAUUGCCAACCUUGCCCACAAGAAAAAAUGCAACUCUAGGAAUAUAUCACGAGGCGUUGUACUGUACAACGAUGAGGCGAGCCCAGCUUUGCCGGAUGAGGCAUCCCUCGUGGAUUACUCCCUUCAUCAGGGAUCAGAUCUUUUUCAGAAGCUAUCUGGGGAUUGGAUCUCCCCUUUGAUAGAAACAAAUGGCGUUCCGGUGCUAUGCUUGCAAUGCGGUCAACCAGCCAAACUCUCCCAAAGGACAUUAAGUGAUGUCACCGCCAGAAUGUUGGGAUUACAAAAUCGAGAAGAGCCAAUUUACUUCUGCUGCCAAUGUGAGGAGUUCAUAGCCCUAGAAGGAAUUAUGGCAAUGCCACAGAAACUUCCAGCAUCCCUGAGCCCACCACAUGGACAUAACCCCAGAGCAACCAUCAAACCAACCUCUCUUCCAGUCAACCAUGCCAAGAUGAUGAUCCCGACUACCCUAUUUCCACUGUCCCCGCCAAAACUGAGUAGAAGAACUCCCAAGCAAAGUUCCCGUGCAGAUAAUGAUGCAUGUCCCAAUCAGGAAAAGUUGAUCCCGCUGAGAGGCAAUCAGGGCGAUGCUACCUAUGUAGAUUGCAAUCAAGCCAAUCUGGAAGUAACAAUGAAGCCAAAACCAAGCCCAAUGAAAGCCCACAAGAAGACAAUGUUGGAAAGAGCCCUUGCAACUACCAUUAGUCCCAGAGAUAUUUCUACAGCCAAACAAUCUUUGAACACUGACAACACCAAAUACCAAGACUUUGACUCCUUUCCACCUGAAAUCAAAGGUAUGCGCAGGAACAUUCACCAGUGCUCCUGUCACCAUCGAACAGCCACUGAAUUGGCGGCAGGCCGGCUAUGUUUGUGCUGCAGAUGUGGCUCGAAGGCCUGCAAACUGGAGUUAAAACUGGAUGCGAUGGGCAAGAUUCCAGCUGGCUUCGGAUGUCAUUCAACGGCUGAAGAGGCAGUGACCAAGAUACUGGCAUACCACGAGAACAGAGGUGACCCACUACCAGACAAUUGGGAUGUCUUAUAUGACUCUGAUGGGAACUCAGUGGGAUCCUUCAAACAAACACAAAGCCAGUGA